AUGCAUUUUAACCUAUCGCGACGCAGCGACGUUCAUGGUGGCAGUCUUAUCUGCCGUUAUGACUACCAGUCCGUCACGGAGGGCUGGUGUGUGAUGUGGGACCUGCAAAACCUCCGCUGGGUUGGAUUGCAUAUAUUCGGGCUGGUUGGGACGCAGUGGUUGCGAACACAGUCUCCCAUUUUUCUUUUCGUGGGUUUAACCGAAGGCCUGGGUGCAGGCGGCAUUUUCUUUGUGCCCUCCCUCCCCCUCUCCAGCAAUCUUCGACUGAAUGGUCUCCAACCGAUCGGAACUGGCGCCGCUAGCACUGAUUUCCUCACCAACAGCGACCUUGCUAACCACACUGACCUCUAUUCGCACACUUCGCCCAGUUUGACCUUGCCUGGCAGCCUGGGUGUCAGAAACGGCGGUGUUGUCUGUAGUGGAAGUAGUGGUUCCUCUUCCGAUCCUCGCCACUUCUUCGUGGAUCUCAUCUACCCGCCCUUCACCACCGUGAGUGGUAACAGUAACGGUGGUAGUGGCGGCGGCGGCGGCAGCGGCGGUAGCGGUGAUGAUGACGGUAAUAACAACUCUGGCAACUUCGGGAUCGUCUUCUCCGUCUCUCGUACGUCGACUGCAAACUUCCCUUAUGACCCUGCAUUCCACUCCUUUUCCCUAAGUCUCGGUUUGAAGUCCUUAAUUCCCCUCUUUUAG